AUGUUCUUGGUCGAGAAUGGAUAUUUCGGCUGCACCGAGACCAUAAGUUUCGAGAAACUGCUCGUCAUUGCCUUUCGCGAUUUCAAAGCAUUCCAAUGCCACUCUGGUCAGAAGUGCUCACAAACCAAGUUUGUGCCGAGGUUCGUUUGGAAGCCUGAAACCCAUGGGGCUCACAUGGGCCACAAAGGGCACAACGGCAAGAUCAUCGCAUAUUGGCUGGGGGACUGUAUGCAAAAGGCUGUGGAACGAUCUAUGGCACCCGGUCGCGAAGUUUGCAAAUGGCUACAUGAAACAAAUAACUGGCCAAACGAUGAGCGACUGGAGCUCAUUGCAGCGACGAUGCAAACACUAUGUGCAUGGUUUCGGGAGGUCGAGAAGCACGGUCGGUACCUGACUGCCGAAGCAGCCGAUGCAAUAUAUGGGCAUGGCAUGAAGUACCUCCGCUAUCACCUCAUUCUGUGCAAAAUUUCCAUGAGGAUGAACAAGCUGCAUUGGCACAUCCGGCCAAAGAUGCAUGCUUUCCAUCAUCAGAUGAAAGAUGCUCAGGCACAGCGACUGAACCCGAGACACCACCACACGUUUCGCGAAGAAGAUGCAAUGCGAUGGCUCAAAGGAGUCGCUCAACGAUGUGACAAGAAAGAUCUAGAGCGGUCGAUAGCGAAGUACAGCAGGUAUCGUCUCUUAUCGAUGCACCGACGAAUGUUUCACUUGAACAGAGCUGCUAGACUGCGAAACCGCUGA